AUGGCAAUUACAGAAAAUGCGACGGAUUUGGCUCCAAACAGACCAGAAACAUACUCUGACCACAAGCUCAUAUGGAAUAUAGCUACAGCUAUCAUUUGUGCUGAGUUUGUAUGUGCGUUCGUCCUCAAUGUUAUUGUCAUCGGCCUGUUGAAGAGGAACAAGAAAAGAAACCGGAUGUCAUUCUUCGUUCUUCAUUUAGCCAUUUCCGACUUUCUGAUGGCUGUGUUCUACAUCUUCCCAGUGGUGAUAGAUCGACUCUUGGACGUCUGGCUUGCAGGCCUGUUCAUGUGUAAAAUCAUUAAGUACCUGAGUUUGGUGGUGUGUUUCGCCUCGACUUAUAUGUUAGUGGUGUUAAGUAUCGACAGAUUAUACGCUAUCGCACGACCCUUGUCCGCGACUAGGAGAGGCAUUGUCUACAAAUGGACACUGGUCAUCUUCGCCUGGGUCAUUGCCGCUAUGCUAGGUGUCUAUGACCUGGUGUUUGCUGGGAUCCUGACAGGAAUACCAACCCCUGAAAAUGAUACUCCCUUCUGUGAAAUAUCAUACCCAGAUAAGUUGAAGAAGCUCUUGAUCCUUUUGUUUGCUUCCACCAAUAUGUUCAUUCCUGCACUGAUAAUUGGAGCCUGUUAUACGGCUAUCGUGGCCAUCUUGUGGCGCAGAGGAAGACAAGGGAUUCCACUGUCUAGUCGCCAGACAACAGAUGGUGCUGACUCUUACACCACCGACUCCCGACUCAAAUCUGACUCCGGCAUCAUCCACAGAGCGAAAAUCAAAACAAUUAAGAUCACAUUUGUGGUAGUGUCUGUGUUCAUUGCCUGCUGGGGACCAUUCACCUUUUACUCCAUACUUCUCCUGUAUCGUGUAGUACCAAUAAAUGGAUCCUACUUUAUCUUAAUGUCCCUUGCACCACUCAACAGCGUGGCUAAUCCGGUGGUGUUCCUGCUCUUCAAUUACAGGACUCUGUGUGAGCGGAAACGGAAACACCGACAGGAUAUCAAUGCCACUUCCACCACCACCAAGGCUACCUUCACCACCUAUAUACACAAAGAUUCGGAUUGGUCGAAAAGUUAUCCACUGUCACGUGUUCAUUAA